CCAACUGACGAAAAGUGAGUCAGUGCAACACGAGCAGCUGAUGCGUGCUGGAUGGUUUCGAAAUAUGUGCGACCGCGACGAACGUAGGUAAUUUUGGAUUGCAAAUCACGCAACAACGAGCGCACGGGAGGAGACGACGAUUUCCACACGGCGCAAAGAACAGGAGCUAGAAAUGGCUCUACUCACCGGGACCAUCGCCGUCCUGGGCUCCAUCUUCUUCACGCCAUUUUUGAUGUUGCUCCUCUGCAUCAUAUUCCUCGCCUCCAUAGGAAAAUCCAUCGGAGUGCGGAGGCUGUACAUCAAGCUGCUGCUGAUGAUCUUCGAGUAUGGAAGGGCCAACAUCGAAACUGCGCAAAAGAAUGCCGGAUUGGCGUUGCCCGCGGAAUCGGAGGACGAGAGCCACGGGUCGAGCAAUAAGACGGCGGUGACGAGCCAGCAGCCGCAGAUAAAUGGUAUGAAGAAGACGGACGUCGUCCUCACCAACGGUAACACGAUAAGCCGCGACGACAAGCACAUCCUCGUCCCCGAUCUGAAGAACGGAUCCGAUGAUGAGGCAACAGUCGACAAGGACGAUUUCGAUCUGUCCAACUGCUUCGAUUACAUUAAGGCCGGCAUGGAGGCGAUUAUUGAAGACCAGGUGACGUCCAGGUUCGAGGCGGAGGAGCUGAAGAACUGGAACCUGAUGACCAGAACGAACAGGCGGUACGAGUUCAUCUCGUGGCGUCUGACAGUCAUAUGGAUGUGCGGCUUCAUCAUCCGGUACUGCUUCCUGUUCCCGCUGCGCGUCGUCAUCUGCUUCUUCGGGAUCUGUUGGCUGGUUGCCUCCACCGGUCUCCUGGGCACGAUUCCUGAUUGUCUGGUGAAGAGACACCUAAACUACUGGUGCUACAUGGUGGCAUUCCGCGUGAUGGCGCGCGCCCUCUCCGGAACGAUUUACAUUCGCAACAAGCACUUCAGGCCAAAGUGCGGGGGCGUAUGCGUCGCCAACCACACCUCCCCCGUCGACGUGCUCAUCCUCUCCACAGACAAUUGCUACUCCCUGGUCAUGUGGCUGACUUUGUGCACGGCCCUCGUAGGAUACCUCGCCGAUGGGCCCUUUAAGCAGUGGCUGAACAGGCGUAUUUCCAUCAUGUGCUUUGGGAUAUUGUCCGCAGCUUUGUCCUCGGUCAUCACGUACCACAACGAGGGAGAGAACAGGCCCAGCGCUGCCGGCAUCUGCGUCGCCAAUCACACAUCGCCCAUCGACGUGCUCGUCUUGAUGUGCGACAACUGUUACUCACUGAUCGGCCAGAGGCACGGUGGAUUCCUGGGCGUUCUGCAGAGGGCCUUGGCUCGUGCAUCUCCGCACAUCUGGUUCGAGAGAUCCGAAGUGAAGGAUCGGCACGCCGUUGCAAGAAAAUUGAAGGAGCACGUGUCGAACCCAUCGAAUCCGCCAAUUUUGAUCUUCCCGGAAGGCACGUGCAUCAACAACACGUCCGUGAUGCAGUUCAAGAAGGGCAGCUUCGAGGUGGGUAGCGUGAUCUACCCGGUGGCGAUCAAGUACGAUCCCCGGUUCGGGGAUGCGUUCUGGAACAGCAGCAGGUACUCGAUGAUGCAGUACCUCUACAUGAUGAUGACCAGCUGGGCGAUCGUCUGCGAGGUGUGGUACCUUCCGCCGAUGCACCAGAAGGAGGGCGAGAGCGCCAUCGACUUUGCGAAUCGCGUGAAGGGCGUCAUCGCGAAGCAGGGCGGACUCGUAGAUUUAGUUUGGGAUGGGCAGCUGAAGCGGGUAAAGCCGAAGAAGGAAUGGAUGGAGCGGCAGCAGGAGGAGUUCAGCAAACGGCUCAAAGUGGAAUAAUGACCAAUUUGAGACGCGACAAAAGCAGCACACAACUUGUACAGCCCAUAACUAAAAGAAACUACAACAAACAAACAAGCAACAACAGAGCCCUUUUCUUUUUUGUUUUUUAAAUUAAUUUCUUUCUAAUAUUAUUAUCAUUAUUAUUUUAAGUUCUAAUUUUAUUUGAUGUAUAUAUAUAUAUAUGUAUACCACGUACACAAAAACUCACAAAAAUCUUCAAAAUGUCACUGUUUCCUUUCUUAAACUUACGUUUUCUGCAUUUA